CCGCCGCCGCCACCAUCUCCGCCGCCACCGCCACGGCCCCCAGCCUCCCCACAGCCGAGCCUCAGCCGCCGCCGGCCGGAGCCGGAGGCGGAAGCAGCGGCGGUUGGACUAAGCAAGUCGCCUGCAGGUAUUUCAUGCAUGGCGUUUGCAAGGAGGGAGACAACUGCCGUUACUCCCAUGAUCUCUACACUAGUCAGUCUGCCAUGGUGUGCAGGUAUUUUCAGCGAGGAUGCUGUGCUUACGGAGAUCGUUGCAGAUACGAGCAUACCAAGCCAUUUAAAAGGGAAGAAGUGACUACUGUGAAUCCAGCUAUAAAAACCUACCCUUCAGGUUCCACAGAUGUGAGCCCGUCCCCUGGAACACUUGAAGUGAGCACUGGUGAAACUGAAGUUGAAGACAAAGACCUGGCAGCUGCAGGAGCCAGGGCUGAAGAUUGGGUGAAUGCUGUGGAGUUUGUCCCUGGGCAGCCAUACUGUGGCCGUGCUGCUCCAUCCUGCACUGAAACUCCCAUGCAGAGAAUGGUAAUUGAAGAGGAAUAUGAAAAACAACACACUAACCUGGAGAUGAAGAAACAAUUGUGUCCCUAUGCCGCAGUGGGAGAAUGCCGCUAUGGAGAAAACUGUGUAUAUAUCCAUGGAGAUGUGUGUGACAUGUGUGGCUUGCAGGUCCUCCAUCCCGCUGAUGCCGCACAGAGAUCUUUGCACAUAAAGUCUUGCAUCGAGGCUCAUGAGAAGGACAUGGAGCUCUCCUUUGCCGUCCAGCGUAGCAAAGACAUGGUGUGUGGCAUCUGCAUGGAGGUGGUGUACGAAAAAGCCAACCCCAGCGAGCGUCGCUUUGGGAUCCUCUCCAACUGCAAUCACACUUACUGUCUCAAGUGCAUCCGCAAGUGGAGGAGCGCUAAACAAUUUGAGAGCAAGAUCAUAAAGUCCUGCCCAGAAUGUCGGAUCACAUCUAACUUUGUCAUUCCAAGUGAGUACUGGGUGGAGGAGAAGGAAGAGAAGCAGAAACUCAUUCAGAAAUACAAGGAGGCAAUGAGCAACAAGCCAUGCAGGUAUUUUGAUGAAGGCCGUGGGAGCUGCCCAUUUGGAGGGAACUGUUUUUACAAACACGCAUAUCCCGAUGGCCGCCGAGAGGAGCCCCAGAGGCAGAAAGUGGGAACUUCAAGUAGAUACAGAGCCCAACGGAGAAACCGGUUUUGGGAGUUCAUCGAGGACAGGGAGGGCAGUGAUCCCUUUGAGAACGACGAGGACGAGGUGGUGACCUUUGAGCUGGGCGAGAUGCUUCUCAUGCUGUUGGCAGCAGGAGGCGACGAUGACCUGACAGACUCAGAGGACGAAUGGGACUUGUUUCACGAUGAGCUGGAAGACUAUUACGACUUGGCUCUAUAGCACCUCUUUGUGGAGUUUUGGACUGCCUGCUCCAGUUUUCAGGCAGUAGCUCUUUUUCCUGUGGUGUUGUGGCAGUGCCUGUGUUUUUUUUCUCCUCCUAGGCAGGCCUAUCCAUUCCAGGUGCUGCUGUUGUAAUAACUUUUUACCCAGGGUCUCUCUCCUCCUCUCCCUGAACCCCACCCCACCCCCUUUCUCCCGGCCUCAAAGCUCCCCCAACCCCAGGAGUGUGUGUUUUUUUCUUCUCUGUUAAUCAAAUGACAUGUAAUAAACCUUUAAAACGUUAGGGGGGGUUUUUUGUAAAAAAAAAAAAAAUGGAAUUUAACUGUCAGACAGUUAGAUUAGACUUGUUGCUUCAUAUCUGUGUUCCUGACGGGGAUUCACCCAGUUCCAAGGUUCAAGUGUUUACAGGACUUCCACACUCAUCUUGAAGAGCCCAGAGACAAAUGUGAGAGCGGCGGUUGUGCGGCAGAGGCAGGGAUGGGCAAGAGUUGGCCAAUGGCCUCUUUCCAUUACGGACUUUGGAAACAUUUAUUUUUUACUACUUCAGAUUUCAGGCCAGCGGUGUCGUCUGUUCGUUCUUUUCCCUUGGCCGGCUUCAGUUCCAUUCCAGACCUGAUUCCCACCCCAUGUACACGUGUUCAUUUGUGGUUUUGGUCACUUGUUUACUUGCACAUUACUAUUUACUACUGUGUAACCAGAACCAGGUGCGAAUGUUCCGGGUUUUUACUGUUCGGCAUGAGAGGGAAAUGUGUUUUUUUGUGUGUGAAAGGAGAACUUUCUAUGUAUGUAUAUACAAAUAAAAUGCAGAGUUGUAUCCCAA